UCUAAGAGGGGUUCAUCAGAGAAUCCCCUCCGGAGUGUAAGCCUGGUUUUUAUUUAUGUGCUUCAGUCUCUGCACAAAGGGCUGCAAACCAGAGAUUUGUUCUUCACUCUUGCUUAGAGCAGAAUGAAAGCUCAUAAACUCCUCUCUCUGGGAUGCAUCUUCUUGCCCUUGCUUUUUUUUCAUCAGACCUGGGCUCAAUUCCCAAGAGAGUGUGCCACUGUUGAGGCCUUAAGAAAUGGUGUGUGUUGCCCAGACCUGUCCCCCCUGUCUGGGCCCGGGACUGACCGCUGUGGCUCCUCAUCGGGGCGGGGCAGGUGUGAGGCAGUGACUGCAGACUCCCGACCCCACAGCGCCCACUACCCCCAUGACGGCAGAGAUGAUCGGGAGGCUUGGCCCACAAGGUUCUUCAACAGGACAUGCCUCUGCAAUGACAAUUUCUCAGGACACAACUGUGGGACUUGCCGUCCUGGAUGGAGAGGAGCUGCCUGUGACCAGAGGGUUCUCAUAGUCAGGAGAAACCUUCUGGACUUAAGUGCAGAAGAGAAGAACCGCUUCGUCCAGGCCUUAGAUAUGGCAAAGCGCACAAUUCACCCUCAGUUUGUCAUUGCGACCAGGAGAUCAGAAGAAAUACUGGGGCCUGAUCGCAACACGCCACAGUUUGAGAACAUUUCCAUUUAUAACUACUUUGUUUGGACACACUAUUACUCAGUCAAAAAGACUUUCCUUGGGCCAGGCCAGGAAAGCUUUGAAGUGGAUUUCUCUCACGAAGGACCAGCUUUCCUCACGUGGCACAGGAAACACCUCCUGCAGUUGGAGAGAGACAUGCAGGAAAUGUUGCAGGAUCCUUCGUUCUCCCUUCCCUACUGGAAUUUUGCGACUGGGAGGAACAUCUGUGACAUUUGCACCGAUGACCUGAUGGGAUCGAGAAGCAACUUUGAUCCCACUCUUAUCAGCCUGAAUUCUGUCUUUUCUCAAUGGCGAGUGGUCUGUGAAUCCUUGGAGGAUUAUGAUACCCUGGGAACCCUUUGUAAUAGUACCGAGGGUGGGCCAAUUAGGAGAAAUCCAGCUGGAAAUGUGGCUAGACCAAUGGUGCAACGUCUUCCAGAACCACAGGAUGUCGCUCAGUGCUUGGAAGUUGGUUUAUUCGACACCCCUCCUUUUUAUUCCAAUUCUACAAACAGUUUCCGAAACACUGUGGAAGGUUAUAGCGAUCCCACAGGAAAGUAUGACCCUGCUAUUCGAAGCCUUCACAAUCUGGCUCAUCUAUUUCUGAAUGGAACAGGGGGACAAACCCAUUUAUCUCCAAAUGACCCUAUUUUUGUCCUCCUACAUACUUUCACUGAUGCGGUCUUUGAUGAAUGGCUGAGGAGAUAUCAUGCUGAUGCAUCCACGUUUCCACUGGAAAACGCCCCAAUUGGGCACAAUAGACAAUACAACAUGGUGCCAUUCUGGCCCCCAGUUACCAACAUAGAAAUGUUUGUUACUGCUCCAGAUAAUCUGGGAUAUACUUAUGAAGUUCAGUGGCCAAGUCGGAAUUUUAGUAUUUCUGAGAUUGUUACCAUAGCAGUAGUCGCUGCUUUAUUACUGGUUGCAGUCAUUUUCGGGGGUGCUUCUUGCCUGAUUAGGGCCAGAAACAACAUGGAUGAAGCAAAUCAGCCUCUUCUCACGGAUCAAUAUCAACACUAUGAUGAAGACUAUGAAAAAAUGGAGAAUCCUAAUCAGUCUAGGGUCUAAUGAUAAAACCAAUUCUCUUAUGUAUUAGUAUCACAAAAACACCUUGUUGAAAAAUAAUAGGUUAAAUUUCUUCCUUUAUUUACUUUCCCUCUGUUACUUUCUUCCUUAUGUGUGCACAAUAGAAUUAGAGCUCUAAGUAUUGUUUUUCAAAACUGGGAAGAGUUAAAACCUUUUUUAAUGGGUUCUAUGUUUUAACUCUAUUUAAAAUGGUAGGUUGUAUGUUAACUAACCAAAAUUUAAAUAAGAACUUGAAACAUUAAAAAAAAUAAAUAAAA